GGAAACUCAAAAGAUCCAUCUAACAGAAGCUCCUUCUAAAAAGGAAAAGAAAUACCUAACCAAAACCCCCCCACCACAUACAUCUUCACGCACUUCAGCUCUUGAUGCAAGCUGGGGAAUUUACCUACCACCACAUCUUAAUACGGACACUCGAACCAAGGCUGAGUGUAUUCUGCCAUGCACCGAUAGUUCGGAUCCGCGCGAUAGGUCGCUCGUUGGACGGCGCCGCCGCGGAAGUAGGCCGAGGCCGGCUUGAUACGACGGCAAAGUCAAUUUUGAGCCGGUCUUGGGACACCUUAAGCCCUUUGGGUACUUAGCGCACAAGUCUCCUUUGCCUAUCAAUGACUACUACACCCACCCAAAAAAUACACCAAGCACACAUGCAUUCUAAUGCCCCAUGCUAGACUAGACAGGUAGGUAGUCACCUCGACCUAGUCUAUCUAGUUUGAACAGCUGAAGUUCUCUCCUGUCUUCUUCUUCUUCGCAGUCCAGAUGCGAGCUAGACUUGGACUUGUUAGAUACUAAUGGAUGGCGAUUUUCGCGAAGCUCAGCUCGAUAGGCAGCUCUUUCUUCACAGCCAUCACCCCAAAGUCGCUGGUCGCAUUGGGAUGUGCAGCCGCCUGCAGCACCUCUUCUACCUUGCCUAUUCUUGUUAGACUUUGGACAAGAUACCUAUAGACUAUCCCAGACUGGGCUCAGCUACAUGUCGCACUCCAACGCCCCUCGCCUCAUUGAUUGAUAUCUCCCUGUUCGGGCUGAUCGCCCCAGCCUUAGAACAACAGAGCCCCUCCGGAAGGCUACCCUAUCUUAGUGUCGGCAGAGCAUGAGCAUAGUAUCUUCAAGCCUCCACAUAUAACUAACACGGUCACGGCAUCCUACCUAGGCGACUCUUUUUUUUUUUCGUUUUGUUCUCAUUCAUCAUCAUCGUCGUCAGCAUCAUCAUCAGAUUAGGUGACAUCCGAACCUGCCGUCAAAAUCUUAUUUUUUCUUGGAAGGGCUCUUGUCCACUUUCGCCUUUUUUAAUAUUUCUGAGUUUUAUAUUCGGUUCGGAUUUCGGGUUUCACUAGAUCCCUUUAAACCGACCGUCUUGUGACAUCAAUCUGAAUUCAAUUUGUCUUAUAACUAUUCUCAAUUUACAUAAAAAGAAGAAGAAAAAAAAAAACACCACUGGAAAACAACUCUGACAACGAUCUGGAAGUCGAGAUUCUUGCAAUGGGUUUGAGCAGCGACAGCAAUGGCAACGGCAAUGGCGCCGGUGGUCCGAACUUCUUCGAGGACUAUGGCGUAUGGAAAGAGGCGCCGAUCCUGAAGGGUACCACCAAGUUUGAGCCACUUCCAGAUGUGAAAAACAUUAUGGUGACGGGAGGUGCUGGCUUCAUAGCAUGCUGGCUCGUCCGACAUCUCGCUCUCACCUAUCCCCAUGCCUACAACAUAGUGUCCUUUGACAAACUGGACUAUUGCUCCUCGCUUAACAACACUAGGGCGCUCAACGAAAAACGAAACUUUAGUUUCUACCAAGGGGACGUCACCAGUCCGACCGAGGUUAUGGACUGCCUCGAGCGGUAUAACAUCGACACCGUUUUCCACUUUGCUGCGCAGUCGCACGUCGACUUGAGCUUUGGUAACUCGUACGGCUUCACCCACACAAACGUCUAUGGCACACAUGUCCUGUUAGAGAGUGCCAAGAAGGUGGGCAUCAAGCGGUUCAUCCAUAUAUCGACAGACGAGGUCUACGGCGAGGUCAAGGAUGACGACGACGACCUGCUAGAGUCCAGCAUCCUCGCGCCCACGAACCCCUAUGCCGCAAGCAAGGCAGCUGCGGAGAUGCUGGUGCACUCGUAUCAGAAGAGCUUCAAGCUUCCCGUCAUCAUUGUGCGUAGCAACAAUGUAUAUGGGCCGCAUCAGUACCCAGAGAAAAUUAUACCAAAAUUCUCAUGCCUUCUACACCGAGGCCAGCCGGUUGUCUUGCACGGAGAUGGCAGCCCGACACGCAGGUAUUUGUUCGCCGGUGAUGCAGCAGACGCCUUCGACACAAUUCUGCACAAGGGAGAGCUCGGGCAGAUCUACAACGUCGGUUCCUACGACGAGAUCUCUAACCUUGACCUGUGCGACAAGCUCCUCACCGAGCUAAAGAUCCCCCAUGAGACAACCGAGGAGUUCCGUAAGUGGGUCAAGUAUACACACGACCGGCCAUUUAACGAUCACCGCUACGCCGUGGAUGGCACCAAACUGCGACAGCUAGGCUGGGAUCAAAAGACGAGCUUCGCCGAGGGCUUGAGCAUCACGGUGGAGUGGUACCGCAAGUAUGGAGAGAAGUGGUGGGGUGACAUCUCAAAGGUCCUCAGUCCGUUCCCCAUCGUUCAAGGCAAGGAGGUCGUGUCUGAUCGUGAGCCGGUCACGGAUACGCCCCAGGAGCCCAUGGAGAAGAAGCGAAAGAUCGGUCAGGUGAACGGCAGAUCGAACGGAAACGGAGUUACGCAUCAUUGAGCAUUGGGAUGGCGGCGCUAUAAUUGGUGAUUGGUGUUAUUUUUUUAUAUUUCUUUUUUAUUAUAGGAGUUUCCAUUAGGGGGGCAUUGGGAUUUGGAUUUGACGCGCAGCCUAGAUUUUUACAAGCUCUAUAUUCUCA